CCUACAAACUCUUCAUUUUAUGAGACUAUGACCUUACAAUCUUACCUUAUUCCCUUUAUCUUAAACCCAUAUAUGAUGCCUUACCAAACAACCCCACAAAAACCAUCGCAACCAAUUUUCCAUAUUCCAACAAAAUCUCUACUACAUCCACCCUCGACCUGAAAUUAUGAAAACUUUUUAAAACCACCAAAGUCCUUAACCUGAAAUUACGAAAACUCUUCUACCGCCAAAGCCCUUUACCUGAGAUCAUGAAAACUUUUCAAAACCACCAAAGUUCUUGACCUGAAAUUACGAAAACUUUUCAAAAUCACCAAAACCCUUAACCUGAAAUUACUUUCCAAAACCACCAAAACACUCAACUUGAAAUUACGAAAACUUUUCAAAACCACCAAAGCCAAAGAGAGUUGAUGCCGAAUUCACCCUCAACAUCCCAUCAAUGGCAAAGCCAAUACUUGGUUCGCCACGACGUACGCACCCAUUAAUAUGGUGUGGAGCCAUAAUAUGCACAAUAUGUACAAUCCUAGUAAUUCUCCUUGGCAUAGUAGUCUUUAUAGGGUACUUAGCAACACACCCAAAAAUACCCUACAUGAUCAUCACACAAGCCCAUCUUAAUAGAUUUGAAUAUAGUCAAGGUGGGGUCCUCAAUACAGAACUUACCAUAUGGUUUAAAGCAGAAAAUGAUAAUAUUGAAGCACAAGCAAGUUUUUCUGAUUUUAUUUAUGAAUUAAGUUUUCAUGGAAUAAAACUUACUAAAUUAAGAAAUUGGGAUUUUAAUGUAGAGAAAAAUAAUAGUAAGUUUUUUAUGUUUGAUGUAAAAUCAGAAUCAAUAGCAUUGAAUCCAGAUUUGAUGGAAGUUGUUGAACUUUCUAUGAAUGAAGAUAGGAUUGUGUUUGAUUUGAGAGGGCAUACAAGAGCACGGUGGAGAGCUGGGCCCAUUAAAUCAGUUAAGUAUUGGUUACAUAUGAAUUGUAAUCUUCAGUUUCAUAUGGAUGGAAGUAGCAUUGAUUUUCAUUCUUGUUCAUCUAAGUAUAAAUAAAUUAUUAAUUAAAUUGUUUUUUCUUUUGGGAAAAAAAUUGUUAAUCUUUUGAUGAUUAUUUUUAUAGAUUAAUGGAAAAGCAAAAGUUUUUGGUGGGUGCAACUGUGCAAG